CCAAUGCAAGUUGACCCGUGAGUGUAAUCUGUGCCGACCAGGACUGAUGUGCACCCAGAAGGAAUGAAGUAUGGAUGUGAAAGAACGUAGGCCUUACUGCUCGCUGACCAAGAGCAGACGAGAAAAAGAACGGCGUUAUACAAAUUCCUCAGCAGACAAUGAGGAGUGUAGGGUCCCCACGCAGAAGUCGUACAGUUCCAGUGAAACCUUGAAAGCUUUUGAUCAUGAUUCUUCACGGCUGCUUUACGGAAACAGAGUAAAGGAUUUGGUUCACAGGGAAGCAGACGAAUACAGCAGACAAGGACAGAAUUUUACCCUAAGGCAGUUAGGAGUUUGUGAACCAGCAACUCGAAGAGGACUUGUGUUUUGUGCGGAAAUGGGGCUCCCCCACAGAGGUUACUCUAUCAGUGCAGGGUCAGAUGCUGAUACUGAAAAUGAAGCAGUGAUGUCCCCAGAGCAUGCCAUGAGACUUUGGGGCAGGGGGGUCAAAUCAGGCCGCAGCUCCUGCCUGUCAAGCCGGUCCAACUCAGCCCUCACCCUGACAGAUACGGAGCACGAAAACAAGUCAGACAGUGAGAAUGAAGAAGCCAAAACAUAG